GUAUCUCAACAAGGUGACAAUCCAAGACCUGCAGACACAGAAGGUUUGGCACUUCCUGUCCUCAUCAUGGCUGAGCUCCGACAGAGGGAAGGGGCUGACCAAGAAGACCCUCAAUGCUGCCAAGAAGAAUGAGAUCAGAAGCUUUAGAAAUAUUUUCCAGACCAGGACGUCGACAGGCUUCAGAGAUCAGCACAUCUGGGUGUCCAUCGUAGACCCUCCCUGGCGUAGCCCCUUCACCCGAGCACAGAGGGUGUCCUGCUGCAUGAGCCUCCUGCUCUGCACCAUGGCCAUCAACAUCGCCUUCUGGAAGAUCCCCAAAAACCAGCAGUCUCCUGUCAUUGUCACCAUUGGUUCGUUAGAGGUCACUUGGGAGGAGAUCAUGGUGGGGGUGGAAAGCGGUUUGCUCAUGUUCCCCAUCAACAUCCUCAUCAUCACCAUAUUCCGCAGUAUCAAGCCACGAUUCGUCCAACCAAAGGAGAAAACCCACGAUAUGCAGGGCCUGAAGCCCAUUGCUGACACAGAGGAGAUGGUGAAUCUGCUCUGUAAGAGCCAGAGGAACAAAGUGCCUGAGCUAGAGAAGAAGCCGGAGUCAUGCGAUGACCUUUGCUCAGCCUUGGACAGAGUGCAAGGGGUCAUUCAGCUUAUGCAAGGGUUGAGUGAAAGUGACCCACACUGGGUCUACUGCAGCAAGUUUGUCAUGUACUUCCUCCACCACCUGUCCAUGUGCCUGGAGCGGCUGGAUGAGAGUGCCUUCCCCACCCCAGAGGCCCGUCAACACAUCCUGAACACCGUCCACCUGCUACUGAAGACGUCUGAGAUGGUUUUUACCAGCCACAUGGCUUACAGUCCUGCCCGUGUUGCUAAGGAGAAAAGGAAAAGCUCAAGCUGCUGGUUACCCUGGUGGUUUGUGUUCGUGGGCUGGUUCUUGCUCGUCUCCAUCAGUGUUGUGUCCACGUACUUCACCCUGAUGUACGGCUUUGCCUAUGGGAAGGAGAAGUCCAUCCAGUGGGUUAUCUCUUUGGCCAUGUCCCUCUUCCAGAGCAUCUUCAUCAUGCAGCCUCUUAAGGUGAUUGGCAUGGCGAUCUUCUUUGCCUUCCUCCUCAAGCCAGUGGCAGUAGAAGACAGUGAGGAUGUUGGACUACUCCUGAAAGGUCCUCCCCUCAGCAGCCCCCUGUGA